AUGGUGUAUGAGACGGCAUUCUACGACAUCCUAGGCGUACAGCCGAAUUGCACACCGGAUGAGCUAAAGAAAGCAUACCGGAAGCUGGCCCUCAAGUACCAUCCGGACAAAAACCCGAACGAGGGGGAAAAGUUUAAGCAAAUCUCGAUGGCGUACGAGGUAUUGUCCGAUCCGGAGAAGAAAGCGAUCUACGAUGAAGGGGGUGAGGCCGCGAUCAAACAAGGUGCAGGCGGUGGUAGUGGCUUCCACAGCCCGAUGGAUAUUUUCCAUAUGUUUUUCAACAGUCCCUUUUCCGGACGCAAAAGCGAACGAAGGACGUCCAAUUUAAUACACACGCUAGGCGUUACACUAGAGGAGCUGUACACCGGUACCAAACGCAAAAUGACACUGCAGAAGAAUAUUAUCUGCGAGUCAUGCGAGGGUAUAGGUGGUAAGCGGGGCGCAGCGCAGAAGUGCGCACCCUGCCGGGGGACGGGCGUAGUCACGAAGGUACAGAAGAUCGCUCCGGGGCUGGUGCAGCAGUGCGAGGAACGGUGUCGGCAAUGUCGCGGGAUGGGCGAAACGAUUGACGACAAGGACCGGUGCAAAGAGUGUAACGGGCGGAAAACGGUACGGGUGCGUAAACUGAUCCAAGUGGACGUGCUCAAGGGUAUGGUGGACGAGCAGCGGAUCAUACUGAAGGGUGAGGGUGACCAGGAACCGGACCAUCAGCCGGGCGACAUUGUGCUGGUGCUGGAGGAGAAACCGCAUCCGGUGUUCAAGCGCAACGGUCAUGAUCUGAUAGCGCAGAUACAGUUGCAGAUUUCGGAAGCCCUGUGCGGGUUCCAAAAGGUGAUCAAAACGUUGGAUGGGCGUGAUCUCGUCAUUCAGUCGUAUCCGGGCGAGGUGGUGAAACACCUCUCGACCAAGUGUGUGAUGGGCGAGGGUAUGCCGCUGCUGCAAAUGCCGGAAGAGAAGGGACGACUGAUCAUACAAUUCAGCGUGCAGUUUCCCGAUUCGCUGCCGGUCGAGAUAGUGCCUGAAAUUCGCAAGUGUCUUCCCAGCCCGCCGCAGGAACCGGUACCCGAGGACGCGGAGGAAGUGGUCAUGAUGCAUUUCACUGCAGAACAGUAUCAAAAGGCGAGCGAAGAAGAUGCUGGCAAUGAUGAUCGAGAUUCCGAUCGGUUCCACCAUGGAGGCGAACGCGUCCACAUGCAAACUUGCAACACAAGUUAAAACACUCACUGUGCGUGUUUUU